AUGAAAAAGCAAGUUAGCAUGAUAUCUAAAAAAUGCGAAGCUAUUAUGACCUCCGUUGAACAAAUGGAGGACUAUAGCUAUCAAUAUAAUCUGAAAAUCGUCGGCAUGCCACAGCAAUGUGAGAAUGAAUCAGCCGAAAACACAACGAAAUUGUGUUUGAAUUUGUUCGCCGCGAUCGGAGCUGAAGUUACAGAACAGGACAUAGACAUUUCACAUCGAGUCCUUGCGAGAAGGCAAUCAAAUCGGCCGAGUGCAAUAAUCUGUAAAUUCGUCCGUCGCUUGGCUAAGGAAAGGGUUCUUGCUCUCAGAAAGGUAACUAGCAACGUUCAACCACAACAACUUGGUUUCUCCUCAGAAGUGCAACUUAAUUAUCUUAGUAUCUAUGAACAUCUACCCCCACGUCUACAGGAACUCUUGUUUGAGGCGAACAAAUACAAACGUGAGAAUAACUUCAAGUUUUGCUGGGUUAGAAAUAAAGCCAUUUGUUUGCGCAAAUCCGAGGGUGAUGUUGUUAUCAAGCUAACAAAACGAGAGGAUCUUGCUCAAUUGUUAUCUCAAGAACAAAGUGUAUAA